UUCCAAAGAAUAUAACACAAAUAAAUUUUCACAAAAUUAUUAGAAACUUUAUAAAGGGUACACAUAUGUAAUUGAUGCAACAAUUGUGUUGCAACUUCAAAGCGACUCAUAUCUCCACUUCGCCGUCUUCUACUUGUCACAAGUUCACAAUUUUCAAGAAACUAACACCCAAUCCGAGCUGGAAAACAACUGGGUCUUCACUCUCCAAGAUCAUCCCUUCAUUGAGAUCAUAAUUUGGGAACAAAUACAUGGUCAAAUUGGGAAUUUUUCAUUGAGUUUUGUUUUGUUUUGUUUUGUUUUGUUUUGCAGAGGUGUUUGUUUCAUCAAGUGAAUAUUGAGAGAAUUCUUGAUAGUUUUGAUCCAAAGAUGCCACUUUCAGAGUUGUAUAGAUCUGUUGAUGGAAAGAAUGAAUCUUCACAACAAAAAUCUACUGAUGUUUCAUAUAUACCGAACGAUGAAUACGUAGAAUUAAUAUGGGAAAAGGGUCAGGUUAUGAUGCAGGGUCAGUCUAGUAAAGCGAAAAAGACGCCAGUUUCGAGUAAUUUUCAGUUUCAAACAUCGAAAAUUCAAGAAAAAGAUGGUAUUUUGGAUGCGACCAUACCCGGGAUGGGAUCAAAUCAAGAUGAUGAUAUGGUGGCUUGGUUGAAUUAUCCCCUCGACGAUUAUUGCGCUGAUCUGUUACCCGAGUUAUCCGGUGUGACCGUUCACGAACCCACCAUGCAUAACAGUCUGAGUAUGAUUGAAAAGAGGGUUAAUAGUAAUAAAGAUCCAAGUUCAGUUAUUGGUUCAAGAGGUAGCCACUUGUUUUCAUUUUCAGAUCCGACGGUCAGAUCAGGAGUUUCGGAUAUCGGUAAUAGUAAUUGUAGAAGUAAGCGGAUUGAAAAAGUGGCGCAGAAACAAGAUUCGGUUCCACCUUGUUCCACUUCAACGGUGUUGAAUUUUUCUCAUUUUUCAAGACCGGCUGCUAAGGCUAUGGCUAAAGCGAAUGUUCAGAAUCUUGACACGAAGGGUGCACGGAAGGAAAUUGGUCAACCUAGUUUGGAUUUGGUCAAAGUAGGGUUAGACCCGCCAGGGAGUAAGCCUCGUGAUGAGCCACAUUGUGUUGACAAGUCAACUAACGAUGUGAAUGGAGGUAAAGAAAGUGUAAAGUACAAUGAGCCGAUUGGUGCAGCUUCUUCUGUUUGCUCGGGGAAUAGUGCUGAGAGAGCUUCUAAUGAUUUGACGAAAAAUUCUAAGAGAAAAUCGCGCGAUAUGGAAGAUUCUGAGUCACAAAGUCAUGAUGAUGAAGAAGAAUCUUUGGGCCCUAAAACAGCAAGUGCUUCUCGAAGUGGUUCAGGUUCUAAGCGAAGCCGAGCUGCUGAAGUUCAUAAUUUGUCUGAAAGGAGGCGAAGGGAUAGGAUAAAUGAAAAGAUGCGUGCGCUCCAGGAACUCAUACCAAACUGCAACAAGGUGGAUAAAGCAUCAAUGCUUGAUGAGGCGAUCGAGUAUUUGAAGACGCUUCAACUUCAAGUACAGAUUAUGUCAAUGGGAGCUGGAUUAUGCAUGCCCCCGAUGAUGUUCCCGACCGGAAUGCAACAUAUGCAUCCUCCCCAUUUCUCCCCCAUGGGAAUGGGAAUGAGUUACGGAAUGGGAAUGGGAAUGGGAAUGGGAAUAGGAAUGGGAAUGGAGAUGAAUGGUGGCCCGCAUAUGUUUCCGUUUACUCCUACUACUACACAGGGGUCACGCCACCCUGUCCCUUCUCCGUCCAUUUACGGGCAUCCUAGUCAAGGUAUGCCCAUGUUACAGCAACCACCAAUGACCGGGAUUCCUAUGUAUCCUGGUGGUCGACCAGUCGAUGUUCCAGAUGUGGGUCACGGCUCCAAGGACCAAAUGACGCAUAUAUCUAGUCAGUCUCAAGAUGCAAACAAGAGCCUUAACCAGUCAACUUCUGCUGAUACAAAAGAUCAACUUUUAGAAGGUGUUGAUUAAACAUUGUGUUGACUUUCUUGCACUGACUAUUUUGGAAGCAUCAACAUCCAUUACGAUCCGCACGGUGAUUUGAGUGUCGGGGAUGAGAUGUAUUGGGUCGUUUUCGGUUGUGAAUCGUCCCAUGAUAGUGGUUAUAUGGUGUCGGUACAGUUGAAAGCGUUUGUUAUAAAUUAUUAAGGUGAUAACCAACUUCAAAGUUAAUGAAAUAGCAAUUGUAUUUUCAUGUCUGGCCUCCUGUAUCUUUCACAUUAUGACUAUACAACCGGUUCGGUUGACAACUAUUGAACUGGUCCGGUUGAGAACCA